CUCAAGUCUCCGUUGAACAUCGCUUUCCGCAUGUCAUUGUCGCGGGGCUCGGGCUCGGCUUGGUUGCCCGAGCCGAGCAGGGAGGACGAGCGUAGCGCAGAGCCGGGCAGGAAGGACGAGCGGAGCGCAGAGCCGAGCAGGAACAAUCCUGAGAGGAAUCCAACCAUUCUUGAUGUAGUCCAGUACAUUCCAAAGCCCAAGGAGAAAUGGGAUGAUAGAGAUUGCAAAACGCACAAUCUGGACAACGUCGCCAAAGCAGCUAUCUUCAAGACACUUGAUCCCAUCACCUUCUCCAAGAUCAAGCAUCUCAAGACUGCCAUGGAGAUAUGGCAAGGUCUUGGGAAGUUAUGUGAGGGAUCAGAGGAUCAGAGAAAGCAGAAGAUAGAGGUCCUGCUCGAGAAGUUCAAAAGCUUCAAAAUGCUUCCCGGAGAAUCAUUUGAUAUGCUGGAUGAAAGAUUUCACAAAAUCUUAAAUGAUCUUGCAUCACUUAACCACGUUCUUUCUCCCAAAGAAAAGAAUGUAAGGUUAGUGAGGUCUCUUCCAGCUGAGUGGUAUACCAAAGCCACGACCAUAGAAGAAGUGUUGGGAAAAAUAUUAUAGAUUUUGAUGAUGAUGUAUUUAGAUUCUAAGAGGGACUUUAGGUCUCCCCCAUUAUUCAAUGUAAUUUUUCUUUUUAGAAAUAUUUUUAAAACCGAGUUCUUGAGAUUUCCAAUAAAUUUGUGAUAUCACUUUGUGGUUUGAUGUCAAUGGUUGAAGACUUAAUCAAAUUCUGUGAUAUGG